GGAUUCUUGGGGAAAGAAAAAAACAAUGCUGCCGUGAAUAAUUGCCUCUGACGGCGGCAAACGAUGGUCGGAAGGUUGCUGGGAAGGAGGAGAAAUACAUCUAGUGUGAGUAAUGUAAAUUGCAACCAUAUAAAUCAGAUGAAUCUAACCGUUGAUAAAAUUGGUUUAUCAUGAACCACUUAAAAAGCUUUUCCACCGUAGUUAGGACAAAUAAUUUGGAAAUAUAUUAUUUUUUUACACUCAGGAAAUUUAUAGCCGCUCAUUUAUUCAUGGAAUACAGCUGUUACAGUUUGUGUUGUCGGAAAGACUUAACAAUUAUUGGUUCAUUGACCCAUCAAAGAAAACGAUGUUCAACCCACUACCUCAAAGUAAAGCCAUGAUCCAUAGUUACUCAUUUUCAUUCAUAUGCAUUGAGACAUUGGCAUAAGCUGCACUUUCAUUCAUCCAUUUUCAACCAUGGCAGUAGAAUUAAUUGCUGGUGCUCUUCUUUCUUCUUUCCUUCAAGUUGCAUUUGAGAAGCUUGCUUCUCCUCAAGUUCUGGACUUCUUUCACGGAAAAAAACUUGAUGAGACGCUUCUGAGAAAGUUGAAAAUUAAGCUGCAGUCCAUCGAUGCUCUGGCUGAUGAUGCAGAACGAAAGCAGUUCGCAGAUCCACGCGUGAGAAACUGGCUUCUUGAGGUCAAAGAUAUGGUUUUUGAUGCAGAGGAUCUCUUGGAUGAAAUACAACAUGAAUCAUCCAAAUGGGAACUGGAAGCUGAAUCUGAAUCUCAGACCUGUACGAGCUGUACUUGCAAGGUACCAAAUUUCUUCAAAUCUUCUCCUGCUAGUUUCUUUAACAGGGAAAUUAAAUCCAGGAUGGAAAAAAUCCUUGAUAGCUUAGAAUUUCUCUCAAGCCAAAAGGAUGAUCUAGGCUUGAAAAAUGCUAGUGGUGUUGGCGUUGGAUCAGAAUUGGGUAGUGCAGUACCACAGAUAUCACAAUCAACAUCUUCGGUGGUUGAAAGUGAUAUUUAUGGCAGAGAUAAAGACAAAAAAAUGAUUUUUGAUUGGCUGACAUCUGACAAUGGCAAUCCUAACCAGCCAUCGAUACUUUCUAUUGUGGGCAUGGGUGGGAUGGGUAAGACCACACUUGCUCAACAUGUAUUCAAUGACCCUAGGAUCCAGGAGGCUAGAUUUGAUGUCAAAGCUUGGGUCUGUGUUUCAGAUGAUUUUGAUGCUUUCAGGGUAACAAGAACAAUUCUUGAGGCCAUCACUAAAUCGACUGAUGAUAGUAGAGACCUAGAGAUGGUUCACGGAAGAUUGAAAGAAAAAUUGACGGGGAAGAGAUUUCUUCUUGUUUUGGAUGACGUUUGGAACGAAAACCGACUUAAAUGGGAAGCUGUGCUAAAACAUCUUGUUUUUGGGGCUCAGGGGAGUAGAAUUAUUGCCACCACACGUAGUAAGGAAGUUGCUUCUACCAUGAGGUCAAGAGAACACCUCCUGGAGCAAUUACAAGAAGAUCAUUGCUGGAAGUUGUUUGCUAAACAUGCAUUCCAAGAUGAUAAUAUUCAACCAAAUCCAGAUUGCAAGGAGAUUGGUACGAAGAUAGUUGAAAAAUGUAAAGGACUUCCUCUGGCCUUGAAAACAAUGGGAAGUCUAUUACACGACAAGUCAUCUGUUACGGAAUGGAAAAGCAUAUUGCAGAGCGAGAUAUGGGAAUUUUCAACAGAGCGUAGUGAUAUUGUACCUGCUUUAGCACUAAGCUAUCACCAUCUUCCUUCUCAUCUCAAGAGAUGUUUUGCUUAUUGUGCCUUAUUCCCCAAAGAUUAUGUGUUUGAUAAGGAGUGCUUAAUACAAUUGUGGAUGGCUGAAAAAUUUCUACAAUGUUCUCAACAGGGUAAGAGUCCAGAAGAAGUUGGUGAACAAUACUUCAAUGAUCUAUUAUCAAGGUGCUUCUUUCAACAAUCAAGCAACACAAAGAGAACACAAUUUGUCAUGCAUGACCUUCUCAACAACACAAAGAGAACACAAUUUGUCAUGCAUGACCUUCUCAACGAUUUGGCAAGAUUUAUUUGUGGGGACAUUUGUUUCAGAUUGGAUGGUGAUCAAACAAAAGGUACACCAAAAGCACCCCGUCACUUUUCAGUUGCAAUCGAACACGUUCGAUACUUUGAUGGGUUUGGAACUCUAUGUGAUGCAAAAAAGUUACGUUCAUAUAUGCCAACAAGUAACAAAAAGCAUUUUGGUUACUUCCCUUAUUGGGAUUGCAAUAUGUCGAUACAUGAACUGGUCUCCAAGUUUAAGUUCUUACGUGUCUUAUCUUUAUCUCAUUGUUCUAACCUAAGAGAGGUGCCUGACUCUGUGGGUAAUCUUAAAUAUCUCCAUUCAUUAGACCUUUCAAAUACUGACAUUGAAAAAUUACCUGAAACAACAUGUUCACUCUACAACUUGCAAAUACUGAAGCUAAAUGGUUGUAAUAAAUUGAAGGAGCUGCCCUCAAAUUUACAUAAACUCACUGAUUUGCAUCGCCUUGAAUUAAUAAACACUGGAGUGAGAAAGGUACCAGCACAUUUGGGAAAACUGAAGUAUCUUCAGGUAUCAAUGAGUCCGUUUAAGGUUGGCAAAAGUAGGGAGUUCAGUAUCCAGCAGCUAGGAGAACUCAAUCUUCAUGGAAGUCUAUCAAUUCAGAACCUGCAGAAUGUCGAGAGUCCCUCGGAUGCAUUAGCAGUGGAUUUGAAAAAUAAAACACACCUUCUGGAGGUAGAGUUAGAAUGGGAUUCAGACUGGAACCCUGAUGAUUCAACAAAAGAAAGGGAUGAAAUUGUAAUCGAGAAUCUACAGCCUUCCAAACACUUGGAGAAGUUGAGGAUGAGAAACUAUGGGGGUAAACAAUUUCCAAGGUGGUUAUUAAACAAUUCAUUAUUGAAUGUGGUGUCCUUAACCUUGGAGAACUGUCAAUCUUGCCAACGUUUGCCUCCCCUUGGACGUUUGAAAUUUCUGAAGAAGCUUUCAAUUAAAGGGCUUGAUGGGAUUGCGAGUAUUAAUGCUGAUUUUUUCGGGAGUAGCUCUUGUUCAUUUACGUCCUUGGAAUCUUUGAUGUUCCACAGUAUGAAGGAAUGGGAAGAAUGGGAAUGUAAAGGUGUGACAGGUGCUUUUCCACGUCUUCAACGUCUUUCUAUAGAGUAUUGUCCCAAGCUGAAAGGGCACUUGCCAGAGCAACUAUGUCAUUUAAAUGAUCUAAAGAUUUAUGGGUGCGAACAACUUGUACCUUCUGCUCUCAGUGCCCCUGAUAUUCAUCAAUUAUCCCUAGGAGACUGUGGAAAGCUGCAAAUUGCUCAUCCGACAACUUUGAAAGAGCUUACCAUUACAGGUCACAACGUGGAGGCAGCCUUACUCGAACAGAUUGGACGCAGUUACUCUUGUUCAAAUAACAAUAUUCCCAUGCACAGUUGCUAUGAUUUCCUUGUAAGGUUGGUCAUCAAUGGUGGCUGCGACUCUCUAACGACCAUUCCACUAGAUAUGUUCCCAAAACUCAGGGGGCUUGAUAUCGGGAAGUGUCCUAACCUACAGAGGAUUUCACAGGGGCAGGCUCAUAAUCAUCUCCAGCAUCUGUAUAUCGAUGAGUGCCCCCAAUUAGAAUCAUUGCCUGAAGGAAUGCAUGUCCUCCUUCCAUCUCUUGAUGAUCUGUGGAUACAGGAUUGUCCAAAAGUUGAAAUGUUUCCCGAAGGAGGUUUGCCAUCAAAUUUAAAAUGUAUGCAUCUCGAUGGUUGUUCCAAACUUAUGUCGUUAUUGAAAAGUGCCUUGGGAGGCAAUCACUCUCUAGAAAGCUUAUAUAUUGAAGGAGUGGAUGUUGAGUGUCUUCCUGACGAAGGUGUACUGCCACACUCUCUUGUUACUCUAUGGAUCAGGGACUGUCCAGAUCUAAAAAGACUGGACUACAAAGGUCUCUGCCACCUCUCCUCUCUCAAGAUAUUGCAUCUUUAUAAGUGCCCCAGGCUCCAAUGCUUACCAGAGGAGGGUCUGCCCAAAUCCAUUUCAUAUUUGGGGAUUUGGGGGUGUCCGUUGCUCAAACAACGUUGCCGGGAACCCCAAGGCGAAGACUGGCCAAAGAUUGCUCACAUUGAACACGUGAAUAUAAGGUAGUGAGGUUGAUUUAAAAGAAUAAUGGUGAAAGUUGUAGAUGCUUCUCUAUUGCCUGCAAUUUACUAAUUAAUUGUUUUCUAAACUUAUUUUUGCUUUCUGCUUGCUAGACGCCACCGCUCAGUUAUUUAUUAUUCGACUAAAUAAUUGUUUAAUAUAGUUUCAAGUGAUU